GGUUUUCUUCCGGGGUUAAAGGUACUGACUGUAAUGCCGGUGUGGUGUGGCUGCUGUUGACUACUGUAACUUUUCAUUGAUUUGUGUGUGCCCAGUGGCACUAUGGCUGAUUGUAGCGUGUUGCCCGAAUCGCUCUUGCGGCGACUUGAGAAAGCAGAUGAUGGUCUGAACAGCUUGGAAGUUGCUGGAGCUUUGGGAGUGGAUCACCAGCUAGUAGUGGGAGCCGUGAAGAGCCUUCAGUCACUCGGAGAGGUUAUCCAAGCAGAGCAGCGAUCCUCCAAACAUUGGGAGCUUACGGAGGAAGGGAAGGAAGUUGUUGAUAACGGCAGCCAUGAAGCACGUGUUUUUACUGCUGUCCCCUUAGAAGGACUCCUUCAGAGUGAGUUAAUGAAACUUCCAAGUGGGAAAGUAGGAUUCAGUAAGGCGAUGUCAAACAAAUGGAUCCGACUGGAUAAGAAUGCAGAAGGAGGACCACGCAUUUACAGAGCGGUGGACAGCAUUACAGACUCUGUUAGAGAGAAACUGCAUCUGCUGAGGGAUGGAAAAGAGGAUGCUAUGGAUGAUAAAGAGAAGAACGAACUCAAGAAGAGGAAGCUGCUGGCAGAAGUGAACAUUAAGACAUACUGGAUCACUAGGGGCAGUGCUUUCACAACAUCGGUAACCAAACAGGAAACUGAUCUGACUCCCGAGAUGAUUGCAAGUGGAUCUUGGCGUGACAAGAAUUUCAAGGCUUACAAUUUUGAUGCCCUUGGAGUCAUCCCUGAGUGUGGACAUCUGCACCCAUUAAUGAAGGUCCGGACACAGUUCAGACAGAUCUUCCUUGAAAUGGGGUUUACAGAAAUGCCAACAAAUAAUUUUAUUGAAAGUUCUUUCUGGAACUUUGAUUCCCUGUUCCAGCCACAGCAGCAUCCAGCCAGGGACCAACAUGACACGUUCUUCCUAGAAGAUCCAGCUGAAGCUACAAAUUUCCCUAUGGAUUACUUGGCGAGAGUCAAAAAGGUGCAUUCUGAGGGAGGCUAUGGUUCACAAGGGUACAAAUAUGACUGGAAAAUUAAAGAGGCCAAGAAAAACAUACUUCGGACCCAUACAACUGCUGUUAGUUCACGCAUGCUGUAUCAGCUUGCCCAGCAGGGGAACUUUACGCCAGUGAAAUACUUUUCUAUUGAUCGUGUGUUCCGGAAUGAGACCCUUGAUGCCACUCACCUAGCAGAGUUUCACCAAAUCGAAGGAGUGGUGGCAGAUUAUGGACUGACCCUUGGCGAUCUCAUGGGUGUGCUGCAUCAGUUCUUCACAAAAUUAGGAAUAACAAAGUUGCGUUUCAAGCCAGCCUAUAAUCCCUACACAGAGCCCAGCAUGGAGGUGUUCAGCUACCAUGAAGGAUUAAAGAAGUGGGUGGAGGUUGGGAAUUCUGGUAUUUUCCGUCCAGAGAUGCUACUGCCUAUGGGUCUACCAGAGGGGGUGUCUGUAAUUGCCUGGGGCCUUUCCUUAGAACGACCGACCAUGAUUAAAUAUGGCAUCAACAACAUCCGUGAACUGGUGGGACAUAAAGUGAAUUUACAGAUGGUCUAUGACAGCCCUAUCUGUCGGUUAGAUUCCUGAAUACAGCCUUGCUACAGCUAUGGAACACAAGUUCAGAUGGAGAACGUUUUUAGGCAAACAAUAUUUAUUAAUAAGCAUAUAUUUUCAGUUUAUGAAAAUGUUUGCUAUUCUGCUUAAAACCAAUCUCGCCUCUUGUACAUACUCAGAAUAGUGUUACAGUUUUACAUACACAGAUUUCUUUAUUCAUGUGAUCCAUGUUACAGUCCUCUGGAUGGAGUUACAGAUGACAGAAAAAUUAAAUGGAUUCUGAUAUAACUGUAAAAUCCUGUGCAUGUCUUCUGAAUUCAACUGCCCCACUGUAGUAAAACAAGGAACUUUAAAGAA